CUAUGUUUAUACCUUGUCAAGACUUGAUUCUUGUUUCUGAGAUAGUGAGGAUGUCAUAAUAUUGUUUGGGAGAAGGAUAUGGGUUUCUUCUCAUUCUGGGGCCCAGAAAACUUCAGGCAUUUCAUUUCUCCAGUUGUUCCCAAGAUGUUUUCUGUCCUGCUCAAGAUCUCUAAACCAUUCCUCUCUGACGGGCCCUGGCUCCUGUGGGAUGCUCAGCUUUCCUCUCUGUGCAAAGCUUAUGCAAACCCCAGAAGAAUUACUCAGGGCAGCGGCAGCAGAUCCUCCUGCAUGCAGCAGAAUAGCAAGGCGCUCAAGCUCCCCAGAGAAAGGCUAGCGGUUGCAGGCCCAUUGUUAAUCAGGGAUAUAGGAGUCUGUGCAGGUCACUUUUUUGGGGCAGCACUAUGAACUAGAGAUGGGCUGAUGGCACAUUCGAAAAGUCCCCAGGAAAAGGUUGGACUGGAGUACCCUGGUCCCUCUGUGGCUCCGCCAUCGGCACUUGGGGCUGCAGGCCAAGGGCUGGAACUUCAUGCUGGAGGACUCCACCUUCUGGAUCUUCGGGGGCUCCAUCCACUAUUUCCGUGUGCCCAAGGAGUACUGGAGGGACCGCUUGCUGAAGAUGAAGGCCUGUGGCUUGAACACCCUCACCACCUAUGUUCCGUGGAACCUGCAUGAGCCAGAAAGAGGCAAAUUUGACUUCUCUGGGAACCUGGACCUGGAGGCCUUCAUCCUGAUGGCCUCGGAGAUCGGGCUGUGGGUGAUUCUGCGUCCAGGCCCCUACAUCUGCAGUGAGAUUGACCUCGGCGGCUUGCCCAGCUGGCUACUCCAAGACCCUGGCAUGAGGCUGAGGACAACUUACAAGGGCUUCACUGAAGCAGUGGACCUUUAUUUUGAUCACCUGAUGUCCAGGGUGGUGCCACUCCAGUACAAGCGUGGGGGACCCAUCAUUGCUGUGCAAGUGGAGAAUGAAUAUGGUUCCUAUAACAAAGACCCUGCUUACAUGCCCUAUGUCAAGAAGGCACUGGAGGACCGCGGCAUUGUGGAACUGCUCCUGACUUCAGACAACAAGGAUGGGCUAAGCAAGGGGAUCGUCCAUGGAGUGCUGGCCACCAUCAACUUGCAGUCAACACACGAGCUACAGCUACUGACUACCUUUCUCUUCAAUGUCCAGGGGACUCAGCCCAAGAUGGUGAUGGAGUACUGGACGGGGUGGUUUGACUCGUGGGGAGGCCCUCACAAUAUCUUGGAUUCUUCUGAGGUUUUAAAAACAGUGUCUGCCAUUGUGGAUGCCGGCUCCUCCAUCAACCUCUACAUGUUCCAUGGAGGCACCAACUUUGGCUUCAUGAAUGGAGCCAUGCACUUCCAUGACUACAAGUCAGAUGUCACCAGCUACGACUAUGACGCUGUGCUGACAGAAGCUGGAGAUUACACGGCCAAGUACAUGAAGCUUCGAGACUUCUUUGGCUCCAUUUCAGGCAUCCCUCUGCCUCCCCCACCUGACCUUAUUCCCAAGAUGUCACAUGAGCCCAUAACGCCAGUCUUGUACCUGUCCCUAUGGGACGCCCUCAAGUACAUGGGGGAGCCAAUCAAAUCUGAAAAGCCCAUCAAUAUGGAGAACCUGCCUGUCAAUGGGGGAAAUGGACAGUCCUUUGGGUACAUUCUCUAUGAGACCAACAUCGCUUCGUCCGGCAUCCUCAGUGGCCGCGUGCGUGAUCGGGGACAGGUGUUUGUGAACACAGUAUCCAUAGGAUUCUUGGACUACAAGACAACCAAAAUCGCUGUCCCCCUGAUCCAGCAGGGUUAUACCGUGCUAAGAAUCUUGGUGGAGAAUCGCGGGCGAGUCAACUACGGGGAGAAUAUUGAUGACCAGCGCAAAGGCUUAAUUGGAAAUCUCUAUCUGAAUGAUUCACCUCUGAAAAAAUUCAGAAUCUACAGCCUGGAUAUGAAGAAGAGCUUCUUUCAGAGGUUCGGCCCGGACAAAUGGAGUUCCCUCCCAGAAACACCCACCUUUCCUGCUUUCUUCUUGAGUAGCUUGUCCAUCACCUCCACUCCUUGUGACACCUUUCUGAAGCUGGAGGGCUGGGAGAAGGGGGUUGUAUUCAUCAAUGGCCAGAACCUUGGACGUUACUGGAACAUUGGACCCCAGAAGACGCUGUACCUCCCAGGUCCCUGGUUGAGCAGCGGAAUCAACCAGGUGGGAGCUUCCAGCCCCUUCCCAUUCCCUAAGAUGCCCCGCCCAGCUGCCCUCCCAGGGAGCCUUUGGUCAGGGUGGCGGGGAUGCAGAGGUGUCAGCCAGGUUCUUCCUCCCUCCUCCUCUCUGCAGACGAGUUGUUUGGUCCCUGUCCCUUCCAGCCUGGUUCCCAAACCCUUUCCUUCCGACCUGCCGCCUCCCAGCACCUCCCCUGGCUCCAGGACAGACCUCAGUUGCCCUCCCAUCAGGGCCCUCUCUCCGCAGGUUAUCGUUUUUGAGGAGAUGAUGGCGGGCCCUGCGUUACAGUUCACAGAAAGCCCCCACCUGGGCAGGAACCAGUACAUUAAGUGAGCAGCUGCGCCCCCUUCUGCUGGUGCCUGUGGGAGACUGCCACCUCCUCCAGACUUGAAUCCUGGUAGCUGCUGCCUCAUCCCUCUCCUGCAAAAGUGUCUCCUUCAGUAGCAGCCUCAGGGACAGGGUGCUACAGUCUGCCCUGCCUCUGCUCAAAACCCUGAGCCUGCAGGGAAAGGUGGCUCUGGGCCUGGCUGUGUUGAUGAUGCAUUUCCCAUAGCCCUGCUCUUCUGCCAAGGCUGCUGGGCUGUCUCUAGGGUGGGAGCGGCUGAUCAGAUCGCCAAGCCUUUGGCCUCAGGAAAGGUGCUGAAACAUGCCCCUACCCUGGAAAUCACAGCCCUCGAGUGUCUGCUGGAUUCAGGUGUGCUCUUUGCUGGUUCUUGGGAGGCUUGGCCACAUCCCUCAUGGUCCCUUUUAUCCCCAAAACCGUGGGUGUGUCACCAGUGGAGAGGGUGGGGAGGGGGUGUCUCACCUGAGCUGACUUUGUUCUUCCUUCACAACCUUCUGAGCCUUCUUUGGGAUUCUGGAAGGAACUCUGUGAGAAACAUGUGACUUCCCUUUUCCCUUCCCACUCGCUGCUUCCCACAGGGUGACAGGCUGGGCUGGAGAAACAAAUCAUCAGGCCUGUGUCUUCCUGUGUUAAUCAGUGUCUUUGCUGCUCAUUGAGGAGGACGUGUGGGUCCCGGCAGAAGCCAUGGCCCAUAUCUGCACAUUCAGGGAGGAGGGACAGAAGGCCCAGCUCAGUGGCCUCUGCCCCGAAGCCCCAAACCUGAGCAGCAGGGCAGAGCAGCCCUCCUUCCAAAUGUGUCCACAUCUGCAUCUGAGUCUUGUUCUGGGGCUCAGCCCAACAGCUGGCGUGGGCUCGCUGUCCUGAGUUGCAGUAAAGCGACAGUGUUGAAUCACA